AAAUAUGCGCCUUUCCAAAUCUGUUGAAUAUGCAAUAGAUAAUUAGAAUUUGAGGCGCUACUUUCAUGGGUAAGCGGCGUGGUUCCAGGAAGAAAGGAUGUGUUGAGUUUGAUGAUGGGGAAGAAAUGGUGGACGUUAAAAGCCUGCAUACGGAACGCGUGAAUUUGAAGAACAAGCAUCGACGUCGUAAAAAGUCAUUGAAAAAUCUUGACAGCGCACAUUUUCUCAAUGUUUGCAGUGAUUAUUUGGUUGCAAAAUCACAAGAAACUGACAAGGUAUUGCCGGAUAUUUUGCCACACUCGUGUAGCAGCGCUGAACUUCUUAAUCUACUCAGUACUUUCGUAAAUAGGUACAUCGAUGUAUUCAACGCGAAACUAUCAAGAAUUGACUUGCGUCAGUUUUAUGAUACUACGGCAUAUGUUACUUUUCAGAUUGCCCCAUAUGUUUGUCAACCUGCAGUUGAAAAAUGCCCCGACAAGAGUUUUCGACAUAAGUAUCAACCUUUGUGGGGUGUGUAUGAACGUUUUGCUGUUAAUCGCUUGCCUGGUGGUUUUCCUCUUCCCUCAUGGGCCUGGUGUGCAAUCAAAGAAGAGUCAAUGCCUAAAAAGUCUAGAAAUUUUUCUAAUCUGCCGAAACAAGAUCGGAAACUGUUGAAAGCACUUAAAGGUUAUCAAACAGGACACAUACAAAGACUGGUAUCGGUUUCACGCUCAGCCUCUAGCGCACCGGACCGUUGGAGAAGUGGCAUACCAGCUCCACCAAUGGCUAGGAUGGAAUGUCGUGGAGUCGAACAGGUCUUAGGUUUGCUUUGUCGCUUACCCGAUCUUAUACAUGUAAAGAAUGACAAGUAUUCACAUUUGGAUGUGAUAUCAUCUGAACCACCAGUAGUGUGUCUACGAUAUUCUUGUAUUGCUGCGGAGUUAGUCCCAAAAGACACUCGUCCCAGUGACCUGGAAAAUGUUUCAGAUCAGUUGUUAGAUAUCGCUCCUUAUGGCAAAUUUGCUGUUCGUUUGGUUAGUCGAACGCUGAUAUUACACCAUAUGGGUAAAAUUAUACAAGAAGACCUUUGCCUUACACCAUUGCCGAGUUCAUAUGUUGAGGAAUGUUCUUUGAUUGUUACGGAGGCUGUAUCCAGUUUCAUGAUGUCCCAAGCAUCACCUACCUCAUCGUUAGUUCAGCAAACUGGUUGUGCAUUUGAUGAAACUACUGUUGCAAGAUUAGUUGAAGAGUUAUCCGUUGCAACUGGGAUGAACAAAGCCUAUUCUCUUCAGUGCCUAACCGAGUGUCACUUCAAUUUAGAUUCUGCAUUACAGUCAUUUCAAAAAGUUCAUGCAGCUGGACUCCUCCCACCUGAUGCUUUUUUACCGAGUUGAUAAUUAAUUUUGUAUUUUUCACUGUACAAUAUAUAUAUUUUGUAAAUAUGUUCCUUCAAAAUAUUAAAAUCUUAUGCUUUAUAA